AUGGCCGAAAUUACAGGCAACCGAAAAAAACUUAUUCAACUACGAACAAUUACAUUAGCAAUUGAAAAUUUAACCUUUCGACGAAUGAUUUCGACUGCGAAUCACGUGUUAACUGCAAAAGACUGCAAUGAAGGUUAUCGUAAUGAUGAAAAUGAUGACGGAAAUGAAGGUUUUGAAGAUAUUGGAGAAAAUGCUGAAGAGGAUGAGUUUUAUUGGUGCAUCACAGGAAAGAUGUCAACGAGGAAUCUUGCAACAUGCAUCAAUAAUAUCAGUCUAGUCAUUCAACACCUCAGGAAAUCAGUAGAAAGAUUGCACUUGCUACAAGUGCCAACAAAAUCAAGAAAAGACUAUGACUUCUGCCUAUGGCUAAAGGAACCUAAAUAA